CAUCCUCUCCCUCCGUACUAUUUUCUCCUUAAAAAAACGGAAAGAGUGGACUUGAAAAAUUUCUCUUUUAUUUGCAGAAACGAGCCAAGGCUUAGGGUUUGGUCUUUUGGUGUUUUUGCGAAUUAGGGUUUGUGAUUUGAUCUCCAUCUUCACCAAUCACCAUUACCAUAACUUGAUCUUCUCUCUCGCCAUGACGGACGGCUUCUGGAAUCGGCAGCAGCAGCAGCCGCUUCAACCUUCUUCCGCCAUGCUCAAACGACCUCGUACUGAAUAUGAUAUGUCACCUUCUGGUCUGACAGGGGGUAAUGAGAUGCAUAAUUAUAUUGCUCGAAAUGAUGACCAUACCGGUCAUCGAAUGCUAAAGGACACUAAAACACUUGGAUCUGCUUAUGACCGCUACCUUCAAAGUGCAGGGCAGCUUACUUCGUUUAAUUCUGGGGAAGCCAGUGCAAUUGGUGGUGUUGGAUUGGGAAGGGGUGUUGGUGGAUUACCACGCCAUUCACUAACUGAUCCUGCUGUCAUGGGGCAUCCUGGUGGUGGUCAUGAUCUUGCACGAAAUGGACGGAAUGUCAAUUAUGGCGGUCAGUUAACAGUAGAUGCAGCUUCCAUGCCUGGACCUGAGACUGUACCUCUUCCCCCAGAUGCUUCAAGUACUUUAUAUGUUGAAGGUCUCCCAUCUGACAGCACAAGAAGGGAAGUGGCUCAUAUUUUUCGCCCUUUUGUUGGAUAUAGAGAAGUAAGGCUUGUGAGCAAAGAAUCCAAACAUCGUGGUGGAGAUCCUCUAAUCCUUUGUUUUGUGGAUUUUGCAAAUCCGGCCUGUGCAGCAACUGCUCUGAGUGCAUUGCAAGGUUAUAAAGUUGAUGAACUCAAUCCUGAGUCUAGUCACUUGCGGCUUCAGUUCUCUCGGUUUCCUGGUCCCAGAUCUGGACCUGGACCUCGUGGCAAGAGGUGAGCUGGUCUACUGAAGACAUUUAGAUUUUAUGCUGGUCUUCCAUUAUCAGGGGUGAGAAAUAUUCAUGAAUCAGUGUUCACAUGCAAAUUUAGUCUCUCCCUCCUAGUCCUGGCUACAAUCCUAGUUAUAGAGCUCGCGAGGUGCACAUAGUAUUUUUACAGGCUAAUAUCAAACUACAAUUGCAUUAUGAGCAAAAUCUAACAUGGAGAUUUUUGGGAUGGGCCUAGUCAAUUUACUGUGUUGUAUAAAUAUUGAUAAUUUUAGUAUGAACCUAUCAGUCAUAUUAUGACAUCACAUUAUUAUAUUUAUUAAUUUAUUGAUUACCUCUCUUAUUAUCCCUA